AUUUCAUCGCUUCUGUCAAAUCCAUUCCUAAAGAAACUUACAAAUUCAAACCCUAAAAAUACAAUACUUUGUGAACAAUUUAUGUAAGAAAAGCAGAUUCAUGAUGUACAUCUUUGUUUUAUCGACGGAUCAGAACGCGUAGCUUUCAUUUGAAAAAAUCUCGAAUCUUCCUUUGACUAUGAUGUUGCAGAGGUUUUUUAAGAUUGCCGAACGCACAGUCUAUGCCGAGCAAUACACUGCAUUCUACUCCUUUUGUGAUUUGACAAAAUGGCUUCAAACUUUAAUCUUCUUUUGAUUGUGAUGAUUUUUCUUUUCUUUUCUACAAAUGGAGGAGCCAAUCCACCAAACGCCAUUAAACCUGCCUGCGAGCUGGCUCCUGAUCGUAAAGCCUGCGAGAAAAGUCUUUCUGAAAAUCCGAGAUCUUUACGAGCAGGUCGAAAAGAAAUGACUCAAAUUGCCCUCAACAUAAGCAUACCUAAAACCCAAACAGUUCGAGACUCCAUUUCCAGUGACUCUGCUAGAUCGUCCAUAAACACCCAAGCCGUCGACGACUGCCGCGAAUUGUACGAUCUUACCGUCGAUUACCUGAGGGAGAGUCUGUCAAUCUUGACAGAAUCUUCUAUGGAAUGGAAAGAUGCAGUGGAUAUUCAGAGCUAUCAGAGUGCAGCCCUGACGAACCAGAUCACCUGCCUCGAAAGCCUCAAUGAAGCGAAAAUGGAUCUCAAUUUGCUACCUUUCACAGAUUAUGUGGCAAAUGCGUCAGUGGCCGUGAGUAAUUCCCUGGCUAUUGUAGAGAAGCUUUUCAUCAGAGCCAAGGAAUCUCAACAAACUUCUGUCAACAGACGGCGCCUGUUAUCUGAAGCCCGUCAAAUUGAUUUCUUCUCGUGGAUGUCUGGUGAGGACAGAAGAUUGCUUCUUCAGACCGCAGCCGGCGUCAAUUUGACGGGAAACGUGUUGACGGUGGCAAAAAACGGUAGCGGAAAUUACACCACAAUUACUGAUGCCAUUAAUGCCGUUGCAAACAAAAGCUCAAGCAGAACAGUAAUUUAUGUAAUGGCAGGAGUGUACGAGGAGUACGUAAGGGUGGGGAAGAACAAAUAUAAUAUCAUGAUCAUCGGUGAUGGAAAAAACGCCACUGUGAUCACUGGCAACAGAAGCGUUGCAGAUGGCUAUACUACUUUCAAGUCUGCCACUUUCGCAACAGUAGGGAAAGGUUUUAUUGCAAGGGAUCUCACAAUUCAGAACACAGCCGGUCCAAAAAAACACCAGGCCGUUGCUCUGCGGGUGGGAGGAGAUCAGUCUGCAUUUUAUAGGUGCAGUUUUAAGGGUUACCAAGACACUCUGUAUUCGCAUUCAUUCUGUCAAUUUUACAGAGAAUGUGAUAUCUAUGGCACUGUAGAUUUCAUCUUUGGCAACUCCGCUGUAGUAUUUCAAAACUGUACUAUUCUGGCACGAAAACCAUUGAAGGGGCAGAAAAAUACAAUCACGGCUCAAGGUAGAACGGAUCCAAAUCAAAACACGGGAACAUCCAUCCACGCUUGUAAUGUUACAGCGGCCCCUGAUCUGGUUCCUGUUAUCAGCUCUUUCCACACAUACCUGGGAAGACCAUGGAAAAAGUACUCUCGAGCUGUUUACAUGCAAUCUUAUUUAGGUAGUCUGAUCGACCCGGCUGGGUGGUUAGUAUGGAAUGGUAGCUUUGCCUUGAGCACGCUGUAUUUUGGUGAGUACGAAAAUUGGGGUCCAGGGUCAAAUACUUCAUAUCGGGUCAAGUGGCCUGGUUAUCAUGUGAUGAACAGGAUUGAUGCUUUAAAUUUCACUGUAAGUAACUUCGUCAAUGGUGAUACAUGGUUACCAGCAACUUCCAUACCCUAUCGUGGAGGCUUAUAUUAAUGUCUAAGAAACCAACUCAAUUUCACUCCUCUUGGAUUAUAACGUCAUUAUAUAUUUAUUUGUUCUUUCUUGUACC